AUGGCACCCAACUGGACACAAUCGGCCCAAUGGAUCUGGACACCUGGCUACCACGAAGAAGACAACCAGCCAGGGCGGUACUUCCUCUUUCGCAAAAGAUUCCAAUGGCCGGGCACAGUUAAUAUCAAGGAGUUGCCCGUGCAUGUGUCGGCAGACAGUCGCUACCGGCUCUUCGUCAAUGGCCAGCGGGUGAGCUUCGGUCCAUGCAAAAGCUACAUGGAGCGAUGGCACUUUGAAACGGUGGACAUUCUGCCCUAUCUGGUGAAGGGCGAGAAUGUUCUCAGCGCACGGGUCUUGAGAUAUUCUUCUAUAACAGCUGGCUCUUCGUCAAUCCUCAGCACAGAAUUGCCCGGAUUUUUACUCCACUGCGAGAUCGAGGAUCUUUCGCUUUCUACAGAUACAACAUGGAAAUGCCUGGAGGAAACUACGCGACAGAUUAUUCCCCACUCCGAGUGGAAUUAUAUCCUGGGUCCUCCUUUUCUUUCAAACAAUGAAAGAGCGACAGAAUCGUCACAGCUGACAGGUUGGGAGUCACCCGAUUUUGAUGACUCCGCCUGGGAGGAUUCUAUACUACAAUUUCGACCUGCCAAGAUGCUUCCCAUCCAAAGUCCCUGGAAGCUCGCUCCCCGACCGAUUCCAGAACUUCCUGAGCUGCACGCUCGGUUCGAUGGAGCCGUUAAAUGCCAGGGAACAGUGGCAAAGGACCAGUGGACGAGCUUUCUGAAACAAGACUGCGUCGUAGAAAUCCCGUCUGGAGAGACUCUGACGGUUGAUAUUGAGACCAAGUCGUUGACGACAGCAUUCGUUACUCUCCAAUGUAGUGGCGGGAAAGGAUCUACUGUUACGUUGCUAUACUCCGAAUGCUACGAGAAAGACCUUGGGGUUGAAACUGCCCCUUUCCCUAUGCCUCGGACCAAAUCAAACCGGGCGGAUUCUGAUGGUCGUCUUUAUGGAAUGAAGGAUGUCUAUACUGUCGCUGAUGGCCAAGCCGAGCACACAUUUGAACCUUUUUGGUUCCGAGCAUUCCGAUACAUCCAAGUCCAAAUCACAGCCGCUGAAGAGCCUUUGACUUUGAAAAGUUUCACCUUCCGCGAAACCUUCUAUCCCCUGGACGUGAAAACCGAUGUCCAUGCCGAUACCGAGCUGGACGAGAUCUGGAAGAUAAGCCUGCGGACCUUGGAAAACUGUCGACAUGAGACAUACGAGGAUUGUCCAUUCUACGAGCAAAACCAAUUUGCUUCGGAUUCUCGGCUGCAGAUGCUCUUCACCUACCAGAUCUCAUCGGAUGAUAAACUUGCUCGGAAAACCCUUCAAGAAUUCCAUGCAAGCCAAGGCCCAGACGGGUUGAUCAAGGCACAAUUCCCGGCCGGUUUUCGCAGUAAACAGAUCCCUCAAUUCUCACUAUAUUGGGUCGCGAUGGUUUACGAUCAUAUGCAAUAUUUUGCUGAUAUAUCCGUCGCAAGGCGAUAUCUUGCGACCGUGGACGGAAUUCUCAAUCACUUCGAUGAAAGAAUUACCGAUCUUGGUCUUGUCGGUCGCUUUGACGAAGAUACCUGGCCCUUCAUUGACUGGGUACCCGAGUGGUUUGUACCGGGUAAAAUCUUCGAAUCGUGCAUGCCGCGAGCGUAUACAAGCACCGGGAUGGCGACUUUCAACAGUCUGCUCUAUAUCGUCGCAUUGAUGCAAGCUGCCGAGAUCUGCAACUUCGUCGGAAGGAGAGAUACCGCCGUCGAAUAUAAUGCUCGAGCUGAUGGGCUCCGUAAAGCUGUGAAUAAAAAUUGCUUUGAAGAAGGAAUUUAUACGGAUGGCCCAUCGAGUCCGGAGUACAGUCAACACAGCCAAGUUUUCGCAAUUCUCUCAGAGACUGUCACUGGCGAUGCCGCCCGAGACCUCAUGCUGCGCGCGUUGGAAGAUACAACACUGGCCCAAUGCUCUUAUUCUAUGCAAUUCUAUCUUUUCCGUGCAGUGGAGAAAGUCGGUCUUUACAACAAACUCUUCCCGUCUCUAAUGGCACCGUGGCGACAAAUGAUUGGAGACAAUCUGACGACCUGGGCUGAGCACGCGAACAAUGCUCGAAGUGAUUGCCAUGGUUGGAGUGCAAGCCCAGUCCAUGAGAUUGUCACUCAAGUAUUUGGCGUGUCGCCAGCGCAGCCAGGAUUCAAGAGAGUUCGUAUCGCGCCUCGGAUGGAACUGUUUGAGACCGCUCGUGGCAAAUUUGUCACUCCCGCCGGGGAUGUCAGCGUGGCAUGGAACAAAGAAGCCUUAGAGGUAGAGGUAUCUGCCGAUCUAGAGGCUGAAGUUUUGAUCGGCGAAUCGGUGUCGGUACAGCGCUUUGAGAGUGGCAGGCAAGUUGUUUUCGCUAAGAAGUAG